AUGCCAAGGAUAUGCAGGGGUCGCCAAAAAUUGCAGAUGGUGAAAAUGGAGAAUGAGACCAAUCUCCAAGUCACAUUCUCCAAGAGAAGGGCAGGCCUUUUCAAAAAGGCCAGCGAGCUUAGUACCCUGUGUGGUACAGAGCUCGGCCUCAUUGUCUUCUCGCCAGGCAAGAAGGCCUUUUGCUUUGGCCACCCGUCCAUCGAGAAGGUGUUGGACAAGUACGAGGGCAGAACCUCGCGUCAGCCUCUUAAUCACGAUAUGCAGCAGAUCGCUGAGGCGUGCUCCCACGCGACUACGAAUGAGCUCAACGCUGAGCUCACACAGGUGAUGGAGCGCAUCGAGCGCGAAAGGAAGCGGGGGGAAGAGCUGACCCAGUUAUUGAAGGCCAGCCAAGCGGAGUGCGGGUUGGAGGGACCAGUGGAGGAGUUGGACUUGGACAGGAUGGAGAUUCUGAGGGCUUCUCUUAUGCAGUUGAGGUCCAAAGUGGCUGAUCAGGCUAAACAGAAACUUGCUGCAGCCAAAACUGCAAACCCUCCUCACAAUCCUAAUGUUUAUGCGGGGAGCUCCUCUUCUAGUGCUGCUGCCCAAAGUGCAAACCCUGCUCACAAUAAUUUUUUUGUGGGGAGCUCCUCUUCUAGUGCUGCUGCCCAAAGUGCAAACCCUGCUCACAAUAAUUUUUUGGUGGGAAGCUCCUCUUCUAGUGCUGCUGCCCAAAGUGCAAACCCUUCUUACAAUAAUUUUUUUGUGGGGAGCUCCUCUUCUAGUGUUGCUGCCCAAAGUGCAAACCCUGCUCACAAUAAUUUUUUUGUGGGGAGCUCCUCUUCUAGUGUUGCUGCCCAAAGUGCAAACCCUGCUCACAAUAAUUUUUUUGUGGGGAGCUCUUCUUCCAGUGCUGCUGCUGGGCCUUCUGGCCUCCAAGGUUUGGCUAAUCCUGAGAUUAACAAUGUUGGGUUCAAUUUUAAUGGAAAUGAUUUUGUUAUGCAGGCUCCUGACCAGCCAAACAAUUUUGGGUUCAAUUUCGAUGGAGCUGAGUCUGUUUUGCAGGCUCCUGAUCAGCCUAACACUCUUGGCUUCAAUUUCAAUGGAGCUGAGCCUGUUAUGCAGUCUCCUCCUGAUCAGCCUAACUAUCUUGGCUUCAAUUUUAAUGGAGCUGAGCCUGUUAUGCAGGCUCCUCCUGAUCAGCCUAACUAUCUUGGCUUCAAUUUCAAUGGACCUGAUCAGCCUCACAAUCUUGGUUUCAAUUUCAAUGGACCUGAUCAGCCUAACAAUCUUGGUUUCAAUUUCAAUGGACCUCAGCCUAUUAUGCAGGCUCCUCUUGAUCAGCCUAACAAUCUUGGCUUCAAUUUCAAUGGACCUGAUCAGCCUAACAGUCUUGGCUUCAAUUUCAAUGGAGCUGAGUCUGUUAUGCAGGCUCCUCCAGACCAGCCUAACAAUGUUGGGUUCAAUGGCGAUCCUAUGUUUCUCAGUGACUGGAACCCUAAUCUUGGUGGAGGUUUUCUGUGA